AUGAGGAAGUCCUUCAUUGAGCGCAUCUUCCCGCACCCACCAGGAAGCACCAGUUCACUUCCUCAAUACGAAGAUGACUACUCAGUCGCGUCAUCACGGUCUGACGUGACCGCCCCUCGCAUUCUCCUACAAGAUGCAGCAACCCCAUCUUCGUCCCCCGACCGACGACGGACUGCGUCGAUCUCCCCGAUUGCUCAAGGACCCCAGAAGCUAAGCUCGUCCUUGGUGCGCCACAACGACCCCUUCCUCCCGGUAGAGAGAGCAGCCAAGUCUCUUGAGCGGACCUUUCAGAGCCUCCUCGAUGCGCAGUCAGAAGGGCUCAGUGCCGGCAGCAUUGCGACGGGGGAGCUAGAUGACUCGUCUUCGGUGGGAAGUCCCACGCCCACUCCAUCUGUCCUCUCGACGUCUACAAGGACAGCAGCAGAAAGAGGACCACGGACCAUACCAAUCCGCCAACCAAAGCCCAAAAAGAUCACACUCCGAGGUGCACGCCGCGGGUUAGAAAAGUCCAUGAAGGAAUUUGCAGCUCUUAGAGAGUGGGAACUGUCCCUGAUCGACCGAGAAGUUGUGGCCAGAGAUGGCGCCCUGAAACAGGCUUCCGACCUGGGAAAUCGAAGAAAACUCCUUGAGGAUGAGAUACACAGGUUCAAAACCGAAGAAGGACCUGUCGGGUUACGCUCUGAGAUUCAGGCCGUGGAACAGGAGAUCCAACACCUAGAGACGGCGUUGCUGGAAUUGAGGUCCAAGCACAGAAUCUUGGUCAACCAGCUCCGCGAGACCGAGAGCUCAAGGGACUCCGAGUUGAGCUCAUACAUGGAGUCGUUGGCACUGAGCGAGAACCAGGUCAAAUCUUUUCUGCGUAGGCCACCGAUCCCGCAGUGCCUGAGUUCUGGACAAGAUCCAGGGAUGUACGCCUUAAAGCCAGAGAGGCGGACGCUACAAAUGGCACAGGAGCAAUGGACGAACGAAGUGGAGAUGCUGGCCCAAAGAAAGGCCAGCGCCGAGAGUGAGAAGAAUGCACUGGAAGAGGGUUCAAGACUAUGGCGUGAUGUUGUAAGGCGGAUUGGUGAGUUUGAGAGAGAGUUGAAAGCGCAGACGCGUGAGCUGUCCCAGUCGCAACUCCAAUGGCCCGGCGCGAAUGGAGCAGCCGACAUUGGGGGUGCACCGGCGGCAACUACUGAAGAUCCGUCUAUUCAUCUGGUCCUGACAAACCUCUCCACGUUAAUCUCAUCUCUGGAGGAGGAUCUUGACCUAGCCGAAUCCAAGAAUUGGAAUCUUCUCACCUGCGCGAUAGGUGCUGAGCUCGCGGCGUUCCAGCAGGCCCGGGAUCUGCUCCAGCGCACCGCCAACGCAUCAUCCAUAACGGCCAAUGGUGGAUUGAGUGAUGGUGACAGCGUCAACGGAUUCGAGGAUCGGAAUCAGCCUGCACACGAUGAGGUUACAAGUCAUGAUAACCCCCCGGAUCUGCUAAGGGAUGACAUGCUUCCGACCAGCAGAACACGGAGUCCAGGCGAGAGCAGCAAUCAGAGUCUGGAAGAUACAUUACGUCAGUUUGGCAAUCCGCUCAACAAAGGCAAGCAGAAGGAAGAGGACGACCCUAUCCGGAGCCUGGAGCUUGACCCUGUAGGCGGUCCCAGACGUUCACAGCCUCGUCCUCCCGUUCCUUCUGACGCUUUCGGUGGAGGAAUUGAUCUUGUCUCAAACUCGGCACCAGUCCCAAUGACAAGCGUUCGGCCAAAGCCCCCGGAUCGGACCACGACAUCUGAAAGCGAAGACGACGAGCCUGGGCCGGAAUUCUUGCUUUCUCAUUCUUGA